CAAGCACAUACACACCUCAUAAUGGCCAACCCCAUGGAUGCCAUUACGACCGGCUGCCUUCGCCGCGUCUUCGCUGGCGAGCAAAUCAUCGACCCCGUCGUUCAAUGCGUUCAGAUCAAGCCCAUGAACAACUCAUCAACUGGUGUCGAGAGAUUCCGUGUUGUCUUCAACGACACUGUCAACUUCAUCCAGAGCAUGCUUGCUCAGCAAACCAACCACAUCGUACAUGAAGGCAAGCUGAAGAAGGGCUCGCUUGUCAAGCUCAAGUCGUUCCAAGCCAACUCACNNAUCCUCGUUAUCAUCGAAUUAGAAGUGCUCGAAGAGUACGGCGAAUGCGAGAAACUCAGCCAGCCUGGCGCGCUUGAAGUAGUCAAAUCCGAGUCCGAACCUGCCGCCGCCCCACCACCACAAGCACAGCCCGCCGGCAUCUCCGGCAACCAGUUCUAUGGCAACAGGCCUCAGGAACAGCAACAGCAGCCACAACAACAACAGUCGGCCCCACAAAGACAAUUACCCACACGCUCCAGCGGCCAAAAUGCUCCCCAUGGCGGCAACAUCUACCCCAUCGAAGCCCUCUCGCCAUACCAGCCCAGAUGGACCAUCAAGGCCAGAUGCUCGCACAAGGGUGAGAUCAAGACAUGGCACAACAAGAACGGAGAGGGCAAGCUUUUCAGCUGCAACUUCCUCGACGAGAGUGGCGAGAUCAGAGCGACUGGUUUCAAGGAGGCUGUGGAUCAGUGGUACGACGUCUUGCAAGAAGGCUCCGUCUACUACGUGUCUUCUUGCAAGGUCCAGCUGGCCAAGAAGCAAUUCUCCAACGUUAACCACGAUUACGAGCUGACCUUUGAGAGAGACACCAGCAUCGAGAAGGCAGAGGACAACGAGGGCGUUCCUCAGAUCACCUACAACUUCACUACUCUCGCCGACCUUCAGAGCGUCGAGAAGGACACAACCAUUGAUACUAUCGGUGUGCUCAAGGAAGUCGGCGAUGUUAACGAGAUCGUGUCCAAGACUACCUCCAAGCCAUUCAGCAAGAGAGAGUUGACUCUGGUCGAUAACACUGGCUACAACGUUCGCCUCACCAUCUGGGGCAACACUGCGCUCAACUUUGAUGUUGCCACAGAGACCGUGAUCGCGUUCAAGGGCGUCAAGGUCAGCGAUUUCGGUGGUCGCAGUCUGUCACUCCUGUCAUCCGGCACGAUGAAUGUCAACCCCGACAUUGAUGAAGGCCACAAGCUCAAGGGCUGGUACGACGCUCAAGGCCGUAACGACACGUUCUCAUCACACGCCAAUAGCAUGGCCACGACAACAACGAGCGGACGCAAUGACCAGAUGAAGACGAUUGCACAAGUACGGGACGAGAACCUGGGCAUGGGCGAGUCAACAGACUACUUCUCUCUGAAGGCCACCAUUGUCUUCGUCAAGUCAGACACGACAUUUGCCUACCCUGCCUGCUUGUCGGAGGGAUGCAACAAGAAGGUGGUCGAGGUCGCAGAGGGUGAGUGGCGCUGUGAGCGCUGUGACAAGGGCUGGCCUAAGCCUGAGUGGAGAUACAUCAUGAGCAUCAAUGUCAGCGAUCACACAGGACAGAUGUGGCUCAGCUUGUUCGACGAUGUGGGCAGGAUGAUCAUGGGAAGACCUGCCAACGACAUUAUGCAGAUGAGGGACGAGAUGAGCACCGGCGAGAAGGAGGUGUUUGCCAAUGCUGUCUGCCAGACGUACGUCUUCAGAUGCAGAGCCAAGAUGGACACAUUCCAAGACCAGCAGAGGGUGCGUUACCAAGUGUCAUCAGCAGGCCCUGUCAACUGGUCAGCAGAGGGCAAGAAGCUUGCAGACAUGAUCAAGCAGUACAGCUUGUCGGACAAUGACAGUCUGUUCGUCAACUAG